AUGGCACCGCCCUGUCCCGCCCACAAAAUGGCGGCGGGCGGGCUGUUCCGGCCGCGCCGAGGCGGCCGCUUCGUCUCCGUUCCUCGCUACACCCGGUCCCUGAGCCGGCCUUGCCCGGGGGAACAGGCAGACCGGUGCGGUGUUCCCUGAUGGAACUGGGUCGGCUGGAGUAUCUGCAGGCGCUCGUCACCGAGUUCCAGGUGACGGACAGCACAGAGGCCAAGGAGCAGGUACUGGCGAACCUGGCCAACUUCGCCUACGAUCCCAGCAACUACGAGUAUCUGCGGCAGCUCCAGGUGCUGGACCUGUUCCUGGAUAUGCUGACCGAGGACAACGAGACCCUGGUGGAGUUUGCCAUGGGUGGUCUUUGCAACCUGUGCUUGGAUAAAACGAACAAAGAGUACAUCCUGGAGGCCAGCGGGGUGGAGCCCAUCAUCAGCUGCCUGUCCAGCUCCAACGAGGAGACCGUGGUGUCGGCUGUGACCACGCUGAUGUUCCUGACGACGCCGCGGUCGCGCGCGCAGACCACGGCGCUGCCCGUGGUGGAGUGCAUGCUGCGCUUCUCGCUCUCGGCCAACACGCGCCUCAGCAACCUGGCCUCCAUCUUCCUGCAGGACUACUGCAGCCCUGCGCAGGUGGAGGAGGCCAGGAGCCUCAGCAGGCACACGGCAGUGGGCAUUCCAAUGCCCAAGGACUGAGCAGGGCUGUGGAGAGGGGAGCCUCCUGCUGUUCUCACUUUCUGCUCAGCAGGUCAAGAGCAGCAUUAAAGAGGGGUGUUGGUCCCACCAGUGCUGGGGUUUGGUUAACAAACAGGAAGGAACAGCACUAACACGGCAGCUGGGCCAAGCACAUAGCUAAGCCUGCAAAUAUUUAAAAUAAAUCAGGUCAUGGCUGCACAUUGGAAAGUACUUUGCCAAGUGCAGCUCAGCACCCAGCUUGCACAAACAACCCUUCCCAGCAAUGAGGAGUGUUCUGCUCGGGUUAUUGGGCGGAAUUAUAUCCACUCCAGUUCCUGGCUAGUUGUGCUACACCUCUCCCCUUCAGUGCCCCUGACAAGUGACACUGUCAAUUCAAGUCACUGAAAUGUCACAGAAAUGCAUUCCUCCUGCAGAGAAAGGAGUUUCCCUGCCCUGGCAAUUCACAAUCUCUCCAUCCCUGUGGCACUAGUUAUGCCAUCCUCUAAUCAUGGCACAGGUAGCCAGCUACAGAAUCACUACAUAGGGCAGGCUGUAGCUACUCUAUAAAUGAAGAAGUGGAAACUUUGUCUUUUAUUACCACUGGUGAGAAAGGUGAAGUAAUUAAAAAAAAAAAGGAAGGGGAAUCAUGGCAGUCCAGCUCAUGAGAACAGCUGUCUUGUAAAAGCUUCUGUUAAUAAAACAUUAACUUAACUUAAA